AUGAAAACUCCCAAGCCUAAGCCCAAGGAAGCAGAGCAUGGCAGUGAAGACAGGUACAGUGGUUCCAACCUCUCUUACCAUGACUAUGGUCCCUAUCGUGUGUUAAAUACUCAGGUUUAUCUCCUGUUUUGUCCUCAGCCUCAGAAACUUCAUUGUCCACAGCUUUUCCUCUGAUGAUGACUUUGUUGUCGAGAAGAAAAAAACACCUACCUCCAAAGGUAACAUUGAGUGCAUCCCUAAUGGCAACCUAUUCCCUAUGUAGUGCACUACUUUUGACCAGGGCGCAUAGGGCUCUAUUCAAAGGUAGUGGACUACAUAGGGAAUAGGGUGCCAUUUGAUACUCAGACAUUGACUGUCAUCAUACAUGCUUGUAAUUAACUGAAAUCUGUUUCUAAGAAGUUCUUUCUGCUCGAUUUCAGUUCAGCACUGUGAUGACUUUUCUUUGCAUAGCCAGAAUUGAAGUAAUACCCAGGAAGCCUUGGUUAAAAUGAUAUAUUGUCACGGCUAAGAGGAGUUGUUAGGCUGAAAGCAUUACCUACUCAACAGUCACUGUCUGUUUUGUUUAACUCAUGGAUAUAUUAUGAUUCAGUCCCAACAAAAAGACACAUUUGAUCUGUCUUCUACAGGUGCGUUUAAGACCCCUAAGCUGUCCUCCUCCCAGCCCCCAGUCAGAAGACCCCUAAGCUGUCAUCCUCCCAGCCCCCAGUCAGAAGACCCCUAAGCUGUCAUCCUCCCAACCCCCAGUCAGAAGACCCCUAAGCUGUCAUCCUCCCAGCCCCCAGUCAGAAGACCCCUAAGCUGUCAUCCUCCCAGCCCCCAGUCAGAAGACCCCUGUCCCAGUGUGACUCCCCAGUUUUCCUCAGCGACAAUGAAGAAGAUGAUGGUAUCGUGAUGAAGAGCACAUGGAGGACGCGCCACCCUGUGCGCAAGCCGCCGUCGUCACGGACGCACAAGGUCAAAGUUCCACAAAGUAACCAGGAGGACAACAUCUUCUUUCCCUUGUCCUCCCCUCCUCCUCUGCCCUCCCUCUCUCCCAGCACUCUUCCUCUCCCCUCUUCCUCCUUCACACCUUCCCCGGCCCCCCUUCCACAGCGGGCCCACUCAGCCGCGUCGAAGCUGGAGGACUCAGCCAGCUCAGAGGAGGAGUUCCUCAGCUUACUGGACAGAAUUAAGAAAAACCACAAGGCCGGCAACACCCCAACACCUAAACACAACACAGGUAACACCCCAACACCUAAACAUAACACAGGCAACACCCCGACACCUAAACAUAACACAGGCAACACCCCAACACCUAAACAUAACACAGGCAACACCCCAACACCUAAACAUAACACAGGCAACACCCCAACACCUAAACAUAACACAGGCAACACCCCAACACCUAAACAUAACACAGGCAACACCCCAACACCUAAACAUAACACAGGCAACACCCCAACACCUAAACAUAACACAGGUAACACCCCAACACCUAAACAUAACACAGGUAACACCCCAACACAAACAGGUAACACCCCAACACCUAAACAUAACACAGGCAACACCCCAACACCUAAACAUAACACAGGUAACACCCCAACACAAACAGGUAACAUCCCAACACCUAAACAUAACACAGGUAACACCCCAACACCUAAACAUAACACAGGUAACAGAGGUAACAUCCCAACACCUAAACAUAACACAGGUAACACCCCAACACAAACAGGUAACACCCCAACACCUAAACAUAACACAGGCAACACCCCAACACAAACAGGUAACAUCCCAACACCUAAACAUAACACAGGUAACACCCCAACACAAACAGGUAACACCCCAACACCUAAACAUAACACAGGUAACACCCCAACACAAACAGGUAACAUCCCAACACCUAAACAUAACACAGGUAACACCCCAACACAAACAGGUAACAUCCCAACACCUAAACACAACACAGGUAACACCCCAACACAAACAGGUAACAUCCCAACACCUAAACAUAACACAGGUAACACCCUUACACCUAAACAUAACACAGGUAACACCCCAACACAAACAGGUAACAUCCCAACACCUAAACAUAACACAGGUAACACCCCUACACCUAAACAUAACACAGGUAACACCCCAACACAAACAGGUAACAUCCCUACACCUAAACAUAACACAGGUAACACCCCAACACAAACAGGUAACACCCCAACACCUAAACAUAACACAGGUAACACCCCAACACCCCAACACAACACAGGCAACACCCCAACACCUAAACAUAACACAGGUAACACCCCAACACAACACAGGCAACACCCCAACACCUAAACAUAACACAGGCAACACCCCAACACCUAAACAUAACACAGGCAACACCCCAACACCUAAACAUAACACAGGCAACCCCCAACACCUAAACAUAACACAGGCAACACCCCAACACCUAAACAUAACACAGGCAACACCCCAACACCUAAACAUAACACAGGCAACACCCCAACACCUAAACAUAAACACAGGCAAACACCCCAACACCUAAACAUAACACAGGUAACACCCCAACACCUAAAACAUAACACAGGUAACACCCCAACACCUAAACAUAACACAGGCAACACCCCAACACAACACAGGUAACACCCCAACACCUAAACAUAACACAGGCAACACCCCAAUACCUAAACAUAACACAGGCAACACCCCCAACACCUAAACAUAACACAGGUAACACCCCCAACACCUAAACAUAACACAGGCAACACCCCAACACCUAAACACAACACAGAUAACACCCCACACCUAAACAUAACACAGGUAACACCCCAAACACAACACAGGCAACACCCCAACACCUAAACAUAACACAGGCAACACCCCAACACCUAAACAUAACACAGUAACACCCCAACACAACACAGGCAACACCCCAACACCUAAACAUAACACAGGCAACACCCCAACACCUAAACAUAACACAGGCAACACCCCAACACCUAAACAUAACACAGGCAACACCCCAACACCUAAACAUAACACAGGCAACACCCCAACACCUAAACAUAACACUGCUAACACCCCAACACCUAAACAUAACACAGGUAACACCCCAACACCUAAACAUAACACAGGUAACACUCCAACACCUAAACAUAACACAGGCAACACCCCAACACCUAAACAUAACACAGGCAACACCCCAACACCUAAACAUAACACAGGCAACACCCCAACACCUAAACAUAACACAGGCAACACCCCAACACCUAAACAUAACACAGGCAACACCCCAACACCUAAACAUAACACAGGCAACACCCCAACACCUAAACAUAACACAGGCAACACCCCAACACCUAAACAUAACACAGGUAACACCCCAACACCUAAACAUAACACAGGUAACACCCCAACACAAACAGGUAACACCCCAACACCUAAACAUAACACAGGCAACACCCCAACACCUAAACAUAACACAGGUAACACCCCAACACAAACAGGUAACAUCCCAACACCUAAACAUAACACAGGUAACACCCCAACACCUAAACAUAACACAGGUAACACCCCAACACAACACAGGCAACACCCCAACACCUAAACAUAACACAGGCAACACCCCAACACCUAAACAUAACACAGGCAACACCCCCAACACCUAAACAUAACACAGGCAACACCCCAACACCUAAACAUAACACAGGCAACACCCCAACACCUAAACAUAACACUGCUAACACCCCAACACCUAAACAUAACACAGGUAACACCCCAACACCUAAACAUAACACAGGUAACACCCCAACACCUAAACAUAACACAGGCAACACCCCAACACCUAAACAUAACACAGGCAACACCCCAACACCUAAACAUAACACAGGCAACACCCCAACACCUAAACAUAACACAGGCAACACCCCAACACCUAAACAUAACACAGGCAACACCCCAACACCUAAACAUAACACAGGCAACACCCCAACACCUAAACAUAACACAGGCAACACCCCCAACACCUAAACAUAACACAGGUAACACCCCAACACCUAAACAUAACACAGGUAACACCCCAACACAAACAGGUAACACCCCCAACACCUAAACAUAACACAGGCAACACCCCAACACCUAAACAUAACACAGGUAACACCCCAACACAAACAGGUAACAUCCCAACACCUAAACAUAACACAGGUAACACCCCAACACCUAAACAUAACACAGGUAACAGAGGUAACAUCCCAACACCUAAACAUAACACAGGUAACACCCCAACACAAACAGGUAACACCCCCAACACCUAAACAUAACACAGGCAACACCCCAACACAAACAGGUAACAUCCCAACACCUAAACAUAACACAGGUAACACCCCAACACAAACAGGUAACAUCCCAACACCUAAACAUAACACAGGUAACACCCCAACACAAACAGGUAACACCCCAACACCUAAACAUAACACAGGUACACCCCAACACAAAUAGUAACAUCCCAACACCUAACAUAACACAGGUAACACCCCAACACAAACAGGUAACAUCCCAACACCUAAACAUAACACAGGUAACACCCCAACACAAACAGGUAACAUCCCAACACCUAAACAUAACACAGGUAACACCCUUACACCUAAACAUAACACAGGUAACACCCCAACACAAACAGGUAACAUCCCAACACCUAAACAUAACACAGGUAACACCCCUACACCUAAACAUAACACAGGUAACACCCCAACACAAACAGGUAACAUCCCUACACCUAAACAUAACACAGGUAACACCCCAACACAAACAGGUAACACCCCAACACCUAAACAUAACACAGGUAACACCCCAACACCCCAACACAACACAGGCAACACCCCAACACCUAAACAUAACACAGGUAACACCCCAACACCUAAACAUAACACAGGCAACACCCCAACACCUAAACAUAACACAGGCAACACCCCAACACCUAAACAUAACACAGGCAACACCCCAACACCUAAACAUAACACAGGCAACACCCCAACACCUAAACAUAACACAGGCAACACCCCAACACCUAAACAUAACACUGCUAACACCCCAACACCUAAACAUAACACAGGUAACACCCCAACACCUAAACAUAACACAGGUAACACCCCAACACCUAAACAUAACACAGGCAACACCCCAACACCUAAACAUAACACAGGCAACACCCCCAACACCUAAACAUAACACAGGCAACACCCCAACACCUAAACAUAACACAGGCAACACCCCAACACCUAAACAUAACACAGGUAACACCCCUACACCUAAACAUAACACAGGUAACACCCCAACACAAACAGGUAACAUCCCUACACCUAAACAUAACACAGGUAACACCCCAACACAAACAGGUAACACCCCAACACCUAAACAUAACACAGGUAACACCCCAACACCCCAACACAACACAGGCAACACCCCAACACCUAAACAUAACACAGGUAACACCCCAACACAACACAGGCAACACCCCAACACCUAAACAUAACACAGGCAACACCCCAACACCUAAACAUAACACAGGCAACACCCCAACACCUAAACAUAACAACAGGCAACACCCCAACACCUAAACAUAACACAGGCAACACCCCAACACCUAAACAUAACACAGGCAACACCCCAACACCUAAACAUAACACAGGCAACACCCCAACACCUAAACAUAACACAGGCAACACCCCAACACCUAAACAUAACACAGGUAACACCCCAACACCUAAACAUAACACAGGUAACACCCCAACACCUAAACAUAACACAGGCAACACCCCAACACAACACAGGUAACACCCCAACACCUAAACAUAACACAGGCAACACCCCAAUACCUAAACAUAACACAGGCAACACCCCAACACCUAAACAUAACACAGGUAACACCCCAACACCUAAACAUAACACAGGCAACACCCCAACACCUAAACACAACACAGAUAACACCCCAACACCUAAACAUAACACAGGUAACACCCCAACACAACACAGGCAACACCCCAACACCUAAACAUAACACAGGCAACACCCCAACACCUAAACAUAACACAGGUAACACCCCAACACAACACAGGCAACACCCCAACACCUAAACAUAACACAGGCAACACCCCAACACCUAAACAUAACACAGGCAACACCCCAACACCUAAACAUAACACAGGCAACACCCCAACACCUAAACAUAACACAGGCAACACCCCAACACCUAAACAUAACACUGCUAACACCCCAACACCUAAACAUAACACAGGUAACACCCCAACACCUAAACAUAACACAGGUAACACCCCAACACCUAAACAUAAACAGGCAACACCCCAACACCUAAACAUAACACAGGCAACACCCCAACACCUAAACAUACACAGGCAACACCCCAACACCUAAACAUAACACAGGCAACACCCCAACACCUAAACAUACACAGGCAACACCCAACACCUAAACAUAACACAGGCAACACCCCAACACCUAAACAUACACAGGCAACACCCCAACACCUAAACAUAACACAGGCAACACCCCAACACCUAAACAUAACACAGGCAACACCCCAACACCUAAACAUAACACAGGCAACACCCCAACACCUAAACAUAACACAGGCAACACCCCAACACCUAAACAUAACACAGGCAACACCUAAACAUAACACAGGCAACACCCCAACACCUAAACAUAACACAGGCAACACCCCAACACCUAAACAUAACACAGGCAACACCCCAACACCUAAACAUAACACAGGUAACACCCCAACACAAACAGGUAACACCCCAAAACCUAAACAUAACACAGGCAACACCCCAACACCUAAACAUGACACAGGUAACACCCCAACACCUAAACAUAACACAGGUAACACCCCAACACCUAAACAUAACACAGGUAACACCCCAACACCCAAACAUAACACAUGCAACACCCCAACACAACACAGGUAACUCAUAUAUUUCUGUUCAGACAGUUUCCACCCACAAGGCUUCUGCCAGCUGUGGUCUUUAAUUGGUACUUUUCCUUUUUUGUUUCUAUAUCAUGUAAUCUCAUUGGCUGCUUCCUCGUGUGUGAAUCCAGGGCCCAAUCAGAAGCCCCUUCUGUCAGCUCCACGGCCCAAAGCUUUGAAAGAGGCGGGCCCUCGGCUGGUAGGGAGAACACCAUUGGAUCUGAAGACUGCGGUGUGGCCGCUCGUCACUAAACCCACAGUUUCCCAGACGGAAACCAGACUCCAGACCAGCAGCCUUUCCUCCUCCAGGUAAUAUUGAACAGGGCCUAGGGCAGGGUGUAGAUCAAUACUCUACUGAACAGGGCCUAGGGCAGGGUGUAGAUCAAUACUCUACUGAACAGGGCCUAGGGCAGGGUGUAGAUCAAUACUCUACUGAACAGGGCCUAGGGCAGGGUGUAGAUCAAUACUCUAUUGAACAGGGCCUAGGGCAGGGUGUAGAUCAAUACUCUACUGAACAGGGCCUAGGGCAGGGUGUAGGUCAAUACUCUACUGAACAGGGCCUAGGGCAGGGUGUAGAUCAAUACUCUAUUGAACAGGGCCUAGGGCAGGGUGUAGAUCAAUACUCUAUUGAACAGGGCCUAGGGCAGGAUGUAGAUCAAUACUCUACUGAACAGGGCCUAGGGCAGGGUGUAGAUCAAUACUCUAUUGAACAGGGCCUAGGGCAGGAUGUAGAUCAAUACUCUAUUGAACAGGGCCUAGGGCAGGAUGUAGAUCAAUACUCUACUGAACAGGGCCUAGGGCAGGGUGUAGAUCAAUACUCUACUGAACAGGGCCUAGGGCAGGGUGUAGAUCAAUACUCUACUGAACAGGGCCUAGGGCAGGGUGUAGAUCAAUACUCCAUUGAACAGGGCCUAGGGCAUGAUGUAGAUCAAUACUCUACUGAACAGGGCCUAGGGCAGGAUGUAGAUCAAUACUCUACUGAACAGGGCCUAGGGCAGGGUGUAGAUCAAUACUCCAUUGAACAGGGCCUAGGGCAUGAUGUAGAUCAAUACUCUACUGAACAGGGCCUAGGGCAGGAUGUAGAUCAAUACUCUACUGAACAGGGCCUAGGGCAGGGUGUAGAUCAAUACUCCAUUGAACAGGGCCUAGGGCAUGAUGUAGAUCAAUACUCUACUGAACAGGGCCUAGGGCAGGAUGUAGAUCAAUACUCUACUGAACAGGGCCUAGGGCAGGGUGUAGAUCAAUACUCUACUGAACAGGGCCUAGGGCAGGGUGUAGAUCAAUACUCUACUGAACAGGGCCUAGGGCAGGGUGUAGAUCAAUACUCCACUGAACAGGGCCUAGGGCAGGAUGUAGAUCAAUACUCUAUUGAACAGGCCCUAGGGCAGGAUGUAGAUCAAUACUCUACUGAACAGGGCCUAGGGCAGGGUGUAGGUCAAUACUCUACUGAACAGGGCCUAGGGCAGGAUGUAGAUCAAUACUCCAUUGAACAGGGCCUAGGGCAUGAUGUAGAUCAAUACUCUACUGAACAGGGCCUAGGGCAGGAUGUAGAUCAAUACUCUACUGAACAGGGCCUAGGGCAGGGUGUAGAUCAAUACUCCAUUGAACAGGGCCUAGGGCAUGAUGUAGAUCAAUACUCUACUGAACAGGGCCUAGGGCAGGGUGUAGAUCAAUACUCUACUGAACAGGGCCUAGGGCAGGGUGUAGAUCAAUACUCUACUGAACAGGGCCUAGGGCAGGGUGUAGAUCAAUACUCCACUGAACAGGGCCUAGGGCAGGAUGUAGAUCAAUACUCUAUUGAACAGGCCCUAGGGCAGGAUGUAGAUCAAUACUCUACUGAACAGGGCCUAGGGCAGGGUGUAGAUCAAUACUCUACUGAACAGGGCCUAGGGCAGGAUGUAGAUCUAUACUCUACUGAACAGGGCCUAGGGCAGGGUGUAGAUCAAUACUCUACUGAACAGGGCCUAGGGCAGGAUGUAGAUCAAUACUCUAUUGAACAGGGCCUAGGGCAGGGUGUAGAUCAAUACUCUACUGAACAGGGCCUAGGGCAGGAUGUAGAUCAAUACUCUACUGAACAGGGCCUAGGGCAGGGUGUAGAUCAAUACUCUACUGAACAGGGCCUAGGGCAGGGUGUAGAUCAAUAUUCCAUUGAACAGGGCCUAGGGCGGGGUGUAGAUCAAUACUCUACUGAACAGGGCCUAGGGCAUGAUGUAGAUCAAUACUCUACUGAACAGGGCCUAGGGCAGGAUGUAGAUCUAUACUCUACUGAACAGGGCCUAGGGCAGGAUGUAGAUCAAUACUCUACUGAACAGGGCCUAGGGCAGGGUGUAGAUCAAUACUUAAUUGAACAGGGCCUAGGGCAUGAUGUAGAUCAAUACUAUACUGAACAGGGCCUAGGGCAGGGUGUAGAUCAAUACUCUACUGAACAGGGCCUAGGGCAGGAUGUAGAUCAAUACUCUACUGAACAGGGCCUAGGGCAGGGUGUAGAUCAAUACUCCACUGAACAGGGCCUAGGGCAGGAUGUAGAUCAAUACUCUAUUGAACAGGCCCUAGGGCAGGGUGUAGAUCAAUACUAUACUGAACAGGGCCUAGGGCAGGGUGUAGAUCAAUACUCUACUGAACAGGGCCUAGGGCAGGAUGUAGAUCAAUACUCUACUGAACAGGGCCUAGGGCAGGGUGUAGAUCAAUACUCCACUGAACAGGGCCUAGGGCAGGAUGUAGAUCAAUACUCUAUUGAACAGGCCCUAGGGCAGGGUGUAGAUCAAUACUCUACUGAACAGGGCCUAGGGCAGGAUGUAGAUCAAUACUCUACUGAACAGGGCCUAGGGCAGGGUGUAGAUCAAUACUCUACUGAACAGGGCCUAGGGCAGGGUGUAGAUCAAUACUCUACUGAACAGGGCCUAAGGCAGGGUGUAGAUCAAUACUCUACUGAACAGGGCCUAGGGCAGGAUGUAGAUCAAUACUCUACUGAACAGGGCCUAGGGCAGGGUGUAGAUCAAUACUCUACUGAACAGGGCCUAGGGCAGGGUGUAGAUCAAUACUAUACUGAACAGGGCCUAGGGCAGGGUGUAGAUCAAUACUCUACUGAACAGGGCCUAGGGCAGGAUGUAGAUCAAUACUCUACUGAACAGGGCCUAGGGCAGGGUGUAGAUCAAUACUAUACUGAACAGGGCCUAGGGCAGGGUGUAGAUCAAUACUCUACUGAACAGGGCCUAGGGCAGGGUGUAGAUCAAUACUAUACUGAACAGGGCCUAGGGCAGGGUGUAGAUCAAUACUCUACUGAACAGGGCCUAGGGCAGGAUGUAGAUCAAUACUCUACUGAACAGGGCCUAGGGCAGGGUGUAGAUCAAUACUCCAUUGAACAGGGCCUAGGGCAUGAUGUAGAUCAAUACUCUACUGAACAGGGCCAAGGGCAGGGUGUAGAUCAAUAGGCUGUGUUUCUGUCCUCAGUGUGUCAGCAGUGUGUUAGACUCCAGACUGUGUUUCUGUCCUCAGUGUGUCAGCAGUGUGUUAGACUCCAGGCUGUGUUUCUGUUCUCAGUGUCAGCAGCAGUGUGUUAGACUCCAGGCUGUGUUUCUGUCCUCAGUGUGUCAGCAGUUUUUUAGACUCCAGGCUGUGUUUCUCUCCUCAGUGUGUCAGCAGCAGUGUGUUAGACUCCAGGCUGUGUUUCUCUCCUCAGUGUGUCAGCAGUGUGUUAGACUCCAGGCUGUGUUUCUCCCCUCAGUGUGUCAGAAGUGUGUAUGACUCCAGGCUGUGUUUCUCUCCUCAGUGUGUCAGCAGCAGUGUGUUAGACUCCAGGCUGUGUUUCUCCCCUCAGUGUGUCAGCAGUGUGUUAGACUCCAGGCUGUGUUUCUCUCCUCAGUGUGUCAGCAGCAGUGUGUUACACUCCAGACUGUGUUUCUCUCCUCAUAGUGUCAGCAGUGUGUUAGACUCCAGGCUGUGUUUCUCUCCUCAGAGUGUCAGCAGUGUGUUAGACUCCAGGCUGUGUUUCUCUCCUCAGAGUGUCAGCAGCAGUGUGUUAGACUCCAGGCUGUGUUUCUCUCCUCAGUGUGUCAGCAGCAGUGUGUUAGACUCCAGACUGUGUUUCUCUCCUCAGUGUGUCAGCAGUGUGUUAGACUCCAGGCUGUGUUUCUGUCCUCAGUGUGUCAGCAGCAGUGUGUUAGACUCCAGGCUGUGUUUCUCUCCUCAGUGUGUCAGCAGCAGUGUGUUAGACUCAAGACUGUGUUUCUCUCCUCAGUGUGUCAGCAGUGUGUUAGACUCCAGACUGUGUUUCUCUCCUCAGUGUGUCAGCAGUGUGUUAGACUCCAGACUGUGUUUCUCCCCUCAGUGUGUCAGCAGUGUGUAUGACUCCAGGCUGUGUUUCUCUCCUCAGAGUGUCAGCAGCAGUGUGUUAGACUCCAGACUGUGUUUCUCUCCUCAGUGUGUCAGCAGUGUGUUAGACUCCAGGCUGUGUUUCUCUCCUCAGUGUGUCAGCAGCAGUGUGUUAGACUCCAGGCUGUGUUUCUGUCCUCAGUGUGUCAGCAGUGUGUUAGACUCCAGGCUGUGUUUCUCUCCUCAGAGUGUCAGCGGUGUGUAUGACUCCAGGCUGUGUUUCUCUCCUCAGAGUGUCAGCAGCAGUGUGUUAGACUCCAGGCUGUGUUUCUCUCCUCAGUGUGUCAGCAGCAUUGUGUUAGACUCCAGGCUGUGUUUCUCUCCUCAGAGUGUCAGCAGUGUGUUAGACUCCAGACUGUGUUUCUCUCCUCAGUGUGUCAGCAGUGUGUUAGACUCCAGGCUGUGUUUCUCUCCUCAGAGUGUCAGCAGCAGUGUGUUAGACUCCAGACUGUGUUUCUCUCCUCAGAGUGUCAGCAGUGUGUUAGACUCCAGGCUGUGUUUCUCUCCUCAGAGUGUCAGCAGUGUGUUAGACUCCAGGCUGUGUUUCUCUCCUCAGAGUGUCAGCAGCAGUGUGUUAGACUCCAGGCUGUGUUUCUCUCCUCAGAGUGUCAGCAGCAGUGUGUUAGACUCCAGGCUGUGUUUCUCUCCUCAGUGUGUCAGCAGCAUUGUGUUAGACUCCAGGCUGUGUUUCUCUCCUCAGAGUGUCAGCAGUGUGUUAGACUCCAGACUGUGUUUCUCUCCUCAGUGUGUCAGCAGUGUGUUAGACUCCAGGCUGUGUUUCUCUCCUCAGAGUGUCAGCAGCAGUGUGUUAGACUCCAGACUGUGUUUCUCUCCUCAGAGUGUCAGCAGUGUGUUAGACUCCAGGCUGUGUUUCUCUCCUCAGAGUGUCAGCAGUGUGUUAGACUCCAGGCUGUGUUUCUCUCCUCAGAGUGUCAGCAGCAGUGUGUUAGACUCCAGGCUGUGUUUCUCUCCUCAGUGUGUCAGCAGCAGUGUGUUAGACUCCAGACUGUGUUUCUCUCCUCAGUGUGUCAGCAGUGUGUUAGACUCCAGGCUGUGUUUCUGUCCUCAGUGUGUCAGCAGCAGUGUGUUAGACUCCAGGCUGUGUUUCUCUCCUCAGUGUGUCAGCAGCAGUGUGUUAGACUCAAGACUGUGUUUCUCUCCUCAGUGUGUCAGCAGUGUGUUAGACUCCAGACUGUGUUUCUCUCCUCAGUGUGUCAGCAGUGUGUUAGACUCCAGACUGUGUUUCUCCCCUCGGUGUGUCAGCAGUGUGUAUGACUCCAGGCUGUGUUUCUCUCCUCAGAGUGUCAGCAGCAGUGUGUUAGACUCCAGACUGUGUUUCUCUCCUCAGUGUGUCAGCAGUGUGUUAGACUCCAGGCUGUGUUUCUCUCCUCAGUGUGUCAGCAGCAGUGUGUUAGACUCCAGGCUGUGUUUCUCUCCUCAGAGUGUCAGCGGUGUGUAUGACUCCAGGCUGUGUUUCUCUCCUCAGAGUGUCAGCAGCAGUGUGUUAGACUCCAGACUGUGUUUCUCUCCUCAGUGUGUCAGCAGUGUGUUAGACUCCAGGCUGUGUUUCUCUCCUAAGAGUGUCAGCAGCAGUGUGUUAGACUCCAGACUGUGUUUCUCUCCUCAGAGUGUCAGCAGCAGUGUGUUAGACUCCAGGCUGUGUUUCUCUCCUCAGUGUGUCAGCAGUGUGUUAGACUCCAGGCUGUGUUUCUCUCCUAAGAGUGUCAGCAGCAGUGUGUUAGACUCCAGGCUGUGUUUCUCUCCUCAGAGUGUCAGCAGCAGUGUGUUAGACUCCAGACUGUGUUUCUGUCCUCAGUGUGUCAGCAGCAGUGUGUUAGACUCCAGGCUGUGUUUCUCUCCUCAGAGUGUCAGCAGCAGUGUGUUAGACUCCAGGCUAUGUUUCUCUCCUCAGUGUGUCAGCAGUGUGUUAGACUCCAGGCUGUGUUUCUCUCCUCAGUGUGUCAGCAGCAGUGUGUUAGACUCCAGACUGUGUUUCUCUCCUCAGUGUGUCAGCAGUGUGUUAGACUCCAGGCUGUGUUUCUCUCCUCAGUGUGUCAGCAGUGUGUUAGACUCCAGACUGUGUUUCUCUCCUAAGAGUGUCAGCAGCAGUGUGUUAGACUCCAGGCUGUGUUUCUCUCCUCAGAGUGUCAGCAGAAGUGUGUUAGACUCCAGACUGUGUUUCUCUCCUCAGUGUGUCAGCAGCAGUGUGUUAGACUCCAGACUGUGUUUCUCUCCUCAGUGUGUCAGCAGCAGUGUGUUAGACUCCAGGCUGUGUUUCUCUCCUCAGUGUGUCAGCAGCAGUGUGUUAGACUCCAGGCUGUGUUUCUCUCCUCAGUGUGUCAGCAGCAGUGUGUUAGACUCCAGGCUGUGUUUCUCUCCUCAGAGUGUCAGCAGUGUGUUAGACUCCAGACUGUGUUUCUCUCCUCAGUGUGUCAGCAGAAGUGUGUUAGACUCCAGGCUGUGUUUCUCUCCUCAGUGUGUCAGCAGCAGUGUGUUAGACUCCAGGCUGGGUUUCUCUCCUCAGUGUGUCAGCAGCAGUGUGUUAGACUCCAGGCUGUGUUUCUCUCCUCAGUGUGUCAGCAGCAGUGUGUUAGACUCCAGGCUUUGUUUCUCUCCUCAGAGUGUCAGCAGUGUGUUAGACUCCAGACUGUGUUUCUCUCCUCAGAGUGUCAGCAGCAGUGUGUUAGACUCCAGGCUUUGUUUCUCUCCUCAGAGUGUCAGCAGUGUGUUAGACUCCAGGCUGUGUUUCUCUCCUAAGAGUGUCAGCAGCAGUGUGUUAGACUCCAGACUGUGUUUCUCUCCUCAGAGUGUCAGCAGAAGUGUGUUAGACUCCAGACUGUGUUUCUCUCCUCAGUGUGUCAGCAGCAGUGUGUUAGACUCCAGACUGUGUUUCUCUCCUCAGUGUGUCAGCAGCAGUGUGUUAGACUCCAGGCUGGGUUUCUCUCCUCAGUGUGUCAGCAGCAGUGUGUUAGACUCCAGGCUGUGUUUCUCUCCUCAGUGUGUCAGCAACAGUGUGUUAGACUCCAGGCUGUGUUUCUCUCCUCAGAGUGUCAGCAGCAGUGUGUUAGACUCCAGGCUGGGUUUCUCUCCUCAGUGUGUCAGCAGCAGUGUGUUAGACUCCAGGCUGUGUUUCUCUCCUCAGUGUGUCAGCAACAGUGUGUUAGACUCCAGGCUUUGUUUCUCUCCUCAGAGUGUCAGCAGUGUGUUAGACUCCAGACUGUGUUUCUCUCCUCAGAGUGUCAGCAGCAGUGUGUUAGACUCCAGACUGUGUUUCUCUCCUCAGUGUGUCAGCAGUGUGUUAGACUCCAGGCUGUGUUUCUCCCCUCAGUGUGUCAGCAGCAGUGUGUUAGACUCCAGGCUGUGUUUCUCUCCUCAGUGUGUCAGCAGUGUGUUAGACUCCAGGCUGUGUUUCUCUCCUAAGAGUGUCAGCAGCAGUGUGUUAGACUCCAGACUGUGUUUCUCUCCUCAGUGUAUCAGCAGUGUGUUAGACUCCAGGCUGUGUUUCUCUCCUAAGAGUGUCAGCAGCAGUGUGUUAGACUCCAGACUGUGUUUCUCUCCUCAGUGUGUCAGCAGUGUGUUAGACUCCAGGCUGUGUUUCUCUCCUAAGAGUGUCAGCAGCAGUGUGUUAGACUCCAGACUGUGUUUCUCUCCUCAGAGUGUUAGACUCCAGACUGUGUUUCUCUCCUCAGAGUGUCAGCAGCAGUGUGUAUGACUCCAGGCUGUGUUUCUCUCCUCAGUGUGUCAGCAGUGUGUUAGACUCCAGGCUGUGUUUCUCUCCUCAGAGUGUCAGCAGCAGUGUGUUAGACUCCAGGCUGUGUUUCUCCCCUCAGUGUGUCAGCAGUGUGUAUGACUCCAGGCUGUGUUUCUCUCCUCAGUGUGUCAGCAGUGUGUUAGACUCCAGGCUGUGUUUCUCUCCUCAGAGUGUCAGCAGCAGUGUGUUAGACUCCAGGCUGUGUUUCUCUCCUCAGUGUGUCAGCAGUGUGUUAGACUCCAGGCUGUGUUUCUCUCCUCAGAGUGUCAGCAGUGUGUUAGACUCCAGGCUGUGUUUCUCUCCUCAGUGUGUCAGCAGCAGUGUGUUAGACUCCAGGCUGUGUUUCUCUCCUCAGUGUGUCAGCAGCAGUGUGUUAGACUCCAGGCUGUGUUUCUGUCCUCAGUGUGUCAGCAGCAGUGUGUUAGACUCCAGGCUGUGUUUCUCUCCUCAGAGUGUCAGCAGCAGUGUGUUAGACUCCAGGCUGUGUUUCUCUCCUCAGAGUGUCAGCAGCAGUGUGUAUGACUCCAGGCUGUGUUUCUCUCCUCAGUGUGUCAGCAGCAGUGUGUUAGACUCCAGGCUGUGUUUCUCUCCUCAGAGUGUCAGCAGUGUGUUAGACUCCAGGCUGUGUUUCUCUCCUCAGAGUGUCAGCAGCAGUGUGUUAGACUCCAGGCUGUGUUUCUCUCCUCAGAGUGUCAGCAGCAGUGUGUUAGACUCCAGGCUGUGUUUCUCUCCUCAGAGUGUCAGCAGCAGUGUGUUAGACUCCAGGCUGUGUUUCUGUCCUCAGUGUGUCAGCAGCAGUGUGUUAGACUCCAGGCUGUGUUUCUCUCCUCAGUGUGUCAGCAGUGUGUUAGACUCCAGGCUGUGUUUCUCUCCUCAGAGUGUCAGCAGUGUGUUAGACUCCAGGCUGUGUUUCUCUCCUCAGUGUGUCAGCAGUGUGUUAGACUCCAGGCUGUGUUUCUCUCCUCAGAGUGUCAGCAGCGUGUUAGACUCCAGGCUGUGUUUCUCUCCUCAGAGUGUCAGCAGCGUGUUAGACUCCAGGCUGUGUUUCUGUCCUCAGUGUGUCAGCAGCAGUGUGUUAGACUCCAGGCUGUGUUUCUCUCCUCAGAGUGUCAGCAGCGUGUUAGACUCCAGGCUGUGUUUCUCUCCUCAGAGUGUCAGCAGCGUGUUAGACUCCAGGCUGUGUUUCUCUCCUCAGAGUGUCAGCAGCGUGUUAGACUCCAGGCUGUGUUUCUCUCCUCAGAGUGUCAGCAGUGUGUUAGACUCCAGGCUGUGUUUCUCUCCUCAGAGUGUCAGCAGUGUGUUAGACUCCAGGCUGUGUUUCUCUCCUCAGUGUGUCAGCAGCAGUGUGUUAAACUCCAGGCUGUGUUUCUCUCCCCAGUGUGUCAGCAGCAGUGUGUUAGACUCCAGGCUGUGUUUCUGUCCUCAGUGUGUCAGCAGCAGUGUGUUAGACUCCAGGCUGUGUUUCUCUCCUCAGUGUGUCAGCAGUGUGUUAGACUCCAGGCUGUGUUUCUCUCCUCAGAGUGUCAGCAGUGUGUUAGACUCCAGGCUGUGUUUCUCUCCUCAGAGUGUCAGCAGCAGUGUGUUAGACUCCAGGCUGUGUUUCUCUCCUCAGAGUGUCACCAGUGUGUUAGACUCCAGGCUGUGUUUCUCUCCUCAGAGUGUCACCAGUGUGUUAGACUCCAGGCUGUGUUUCUCUCCUCAGAGUGUCAGCAGCGUGUUAGACUCCAGGCUGUGUUUCUCUCCUCAGAGUGUCAGCAGCGUGUUAGACUCCAGGCUGUGUUUCUCUCCUCAGAGUGUCAGCAGUGUGUUAGACUCCAGACUGUGUUUCUGUCCUCAGUGUGUCAGCAGCAGUGUGUAUGACUCCAGGCUGUGUUUCUCUCCUCAGUGUGUCAGCAGCAGUGUGUUAGACUCCAGGCUGUGUUUCUCUCCUCAGUGUGUCAGCAGCAGUGUGUUAGACUCCAGGCUGUGUUUCUCUCCUCAGUGUGUCAGCAGCAGUGUGUUAGACUCCAGGCUGUGUUUCUCUCCUCAGUGUGUCAGCAGCAGUGUGUUAGACUCCAGGCUGUGUUUCUCUCCUCAGUGUGUCAGCAGCAGUGUGUUAGACUCCAGGCUGUGUUUCUCUCCUCAGUGUGUCAGCAGCAGUGUGUUAGACUCCAGGCUGUGUUUCUCUCCUCAGAGUGUCAGCAGCAGUGUGUUAGACUCCAGGCUGUGUUUCUCUCCUCAGUGUGUCAGCAGUGUGUUAGACUCCAGGCUGUGUUUCUCUCCUCAGUGUGUCAGCAGUGUGUAUGACUCCAGGAUGUUUCCUCCAGUCUCUGUCUGGACCAGGCUCCAGCUACAGCCGCAACUUCCAACAGACCAAGGAGGAGCUCACCAGGAAACUGUACUGCCUGUACAACACCAGCGUGUUCCACAGCAAGGUACACACACACACACACACACACACACACACACAUUUUAAUCAUACAUAGGCUAGACAGUGUUAAACACACAGGUUAUAAGCAUACAUGUACUGCCAUAUCACUUGGAGAGUGAUAAAGAUGCCAUCUAAUACAGUGUUUUGUGUUGACCUGAACCUUAACAUUAUGUGAUCUGGGCUUGUCUUUUACCUCUUGUUACCUUUCUAACCUCUGUGCCCCAGCUGCCCAGUAACAUGUCAGUGAGCUGUUUUACCUCUUGUUACCUUUCUAACCUCUGUGCCCCAGCUGCCCAGUAACAUGUCAGUGAGCUGUUUUACCUCUGGUUACCUUUCUAACCUCUGUGCCCCAGCUGCCCAGUAACAUGUCAGUGAGCUGUUUUACCUCUUGUUACCUUUCUAACCUCUGUGCCCCAGCUGCCCAGUAACAUGUCAGUGAGCUGGAAUAAGAAGAUGAGGAAGACUGCUGGCUACUGCAUUACAGGGCAGGAGAGAGGAGGAGGGAACCGAUACGCCCGCAUCCAACUCUCUGAGAAGGUCUGUGACUCUGCAGGUAAGGCUUGGCCGGUUGAAGAACUAAUGACAUGAGAUUAAAUGUAUGUUGUUAUAACGUUGAAAUUAGGUUCUGGUGUAAGUCAUUUAAAGUCAAACUUGAAUUUGUGCAGCCCGUGUCUGUAUGAUUAAACCUGGUUUAACAUAUCUCCUUCUUUCUCUCCCACCUUCCCUCAUUCUCACCCAUCCUCCCUCUCCUCUCUCUCCCUCUCCUCUCUCUCCCAUUCCCUCUCUCCUCUCUCUCCCACUCCCUCUCUCCUCUCUCUCCCAUUCCCUCUCCUCUUUCUCCCUCUCCUCUCUCUCCCAUUCCCUCUCUCCCUCUCUCUCUCCCAUUCCCUCUCUCCUCUCCUCUCUCUCCCAUUCCCCCUUCCCUCUCUCCUCCUCUCUCCCUCUCUCUCCUCUCUCUCCCAUUCCCUCUCUCCUCUCCUCUCUCUCCCAUUCCCUCUCUCACUCUACCGUCUCAUCCUCCCCCCGUCUCCCCCCCGUCUCAUCCUCCCCCCCGUCUCAUCCUCCUCCCCCCCGUCUCAUCCUCCUCCCCCCCGUCUCAUCCCCCCUCCCCCCCGUCUCAUCCCCCUCCCCCCCCGUUUCAUCCUCCCCUCCCCCCCCGUUCUCAUCCCCCCUCCCCCCCCCCGCCAUCCUCCUCCCCCCCGUCUCAUCCUCCCCCCCCGUCCCUCAUCCUCCUCCCGCCCCCGUCUCAUCCUCCUCCCCCCCCGUCUCAUCCCCCUCCCCCCGUCUCAUCCCCCUCCCCCCCGUUUCAUCCUCCUCCCCCCCGUUUCAUCCUCCUCCCCCCCGUCUCAUCCCCCUCCCCCCCUUUGCAAAUCCUGCUCCCCCCCGUCUCAUCCCCCUCCCCCCCCCCGUUUCAUCCUCCUCCCCCCCGUCUCAUCCCCCUCCCCCCCCUUCAUCCUCCUCCCCCCGUUCUCAGCCCCCUCCCCCCCCUUUCAUCUCCUCCCCCCCCCGUCUCAUCCUCCCCCUGUCUCAUCCUCCCCCCGUCUCGUCCUCCCCCGUCUCAUCCUCCCCCCGUCUCAUCCUCCCCCGUCUCGUCCUCCCAGACCGUCUGCGUGACACGUUGGUCCAUGAGAUGUGCCACGCUGCCACCUGGUUGAUCAACAGUGUGAGGGAUGGGCACGGCCCCUUCUGGAAGCUGUACGCCCACAAGGCCACGCUGGCACACCCCGAGCUGCCCACGGUUACCCGCUGCCACGGCUACGACAUUAACUACAAGUACCAGUACCAGUGCAGCCGCUGCAAAAACACGUAGGUCGACACUAACUUCCUGUCUGUCCCUGGCUUACACUUGAAUACUGUUUUAGCGCUGCAAAUGAAAUGUCGUUUUGGGAUUUUAAAGAUGGAUUUAUUUAAUCCAAGGAAACUGAGUCAUUCCGUCAGAUGAAGUAGUUGUCCUGUGUGGCUCAGCAGGGGUCAACAAUAUAUACUCACUGUAGUAGUGUUAAUCGCUUGGGAUAAAAGUGUCUGCCAAAUGGCAUUAUAUUUUUGAUAUAUUAUUGCCUGAGACUUAAAUUGAAUAUUCUCUUUCUCCCCCUACAGUAUGUAUUGUCAUAGCUUAUACUAUCAAACUAGGUAGUUCAAGCCCUCAAUCUAGCAUGGAUUCUCAUGAAUUGAUGGCUAAACUCGAAGACCAAUUGAUGGCUAAACUCGAAAACCAAUUGAUGACUAAACUCGAAAACCAAUUGAUGGCUAAACUCGAAGACCAAUUGAUGGCUAAACUCGAAAACCAGUUGAUGGCUAAACUCGAAAACCAAUUGAUGGCUAAACUCGAAAACCAAUUGAUGGCUAAACUCGAAAACCAAUUGAUGGCUAAACUCGAAAACCAAUUGAUGGCUAAACUCGAAAACCAAUUGAUGGCUAAACUCGAAAACCAAUUGAUGGCUAAACUCGAAAACCUAUUGAUGGCUAAACUGUUCUCAUCUUCCUACCCUCUGUAGACUCGGUCGCCACUCUAAGUCUCUGGACACCCAGAGGUUUGUGUGUGCCCUCUGUACGGGUCAGCUGGUCCUACUCACCCCCGCCAAGACCCGGGCGCCCACACCCUUCGCCAACUUCGUCAAGGAGAACUAUGGGAGCGUUCGCCAGGACCUGGUGGGUCAGAGCCACGGUGAGGUGAUGAGGAAACUCAGUGUUGACUUCGCCACUAAGACCAAACUCAGCCAGAGCUGA